AUCGGGUCCCACUAAAGCUGAUAUCGAUUUGAUGCGAUCGGUCCACAUCCGGAGCUUCCUUCAGUAGCUUUACAAUCUCUACCUUGAGAGCAGCCAGGAAACACGCCUUUUGACACCAGCGUCCUAGAAGAGAGCGAGAGCCUACGGCCGACCAGUUCGACCGCUCAUCACCAACUCGCUACGCCCUUCAGGCACAGUAACCAAACAGACGCGACAUCGACAUACGAUAACAAUGGACCACAUACCCCUCAAUCACGAAGCCUCGGCCGGCGAUACUCACAAGACGACGACCCCGGACCUCCCGCCUGAAGUAAUACAGUGCUUGGAGAAUGCAAGAUUUCUUCACCUCGCCACAUGUACCGAUAACAUCCCUCACGUCUCCCUGAUGAGCUACACAUAUCUGCCUUCAUCACCCUAUUCGACAUUACCUGUUGUUGUCAUGACAACAAAUGCCGCAAGCAAGAAGACCAAUAACCUCAUUGCAAACCCCAACGUGUCGCUCCUCGUCCAUGACUGGGUCUCGCACCGCCCUCCUUCUUCAAACCGCCGCCCGUCCGGUGGCUCUCCGGGUCCCGAACAUCGCUCAAGCCUCGCCUCGCUGCUCCUGAACCUUAAUACGUCAUCUAUAUCCUCCAUCUCGGCCACCAUCAACGGUUCCGCCCGUUUGGCCGACGCCGGGUCUGAAGAAGAAUCCUUCUUCCAGCAGCAGCAUCUCGAAAACAAUACUUUUGAAGAUAGCUCGGCAGGCGCGUCCAUAUUUAACAGUGCGCAAGCUGACGGUGCUCGGCCGACGUUUGUCGAGGGGGAAGACGUCAGAGUCGUCGUGGUCAAGAUAAAGGACGUCAGGAUCAGUGAUUGGAAGGGCAAUGUCAGGGACUAUGUCAUUGUUCCGAGCGAACCGAGGGUGAAUGGUGUAUAGACUCGGGAUAGUGGCGUAGGAAUGAAGUCUAACCUGUAUCGCUCGAGCCUUUGUGACCAUACAAGGGAUACUGGGUAGACAUGUCAUGUGCCGUCUCUUCGAACACAUGCCUUCUGAAUGAAAAUCCCGCCUAGACCUUCAUAAGACAGGAACUAAAUACCUUUGGAGAAUUCAUAAUACUUGCACUUGAGGCACUCGAAAUAACUGUACCUACCUGGACUUGCACAGGCUACCAGAA